ACUGCAUUGUAAAAAAUGGAAUCUCAGAAGCAAAAACGCAGCGUCUCACUCGAUAAAUAAGGAAAGGCCGGGCCUCUGUGAACGUACGUAAACAAAUUGUUGGGCCAAGAUAAAAGGGCCUACGUAUAUAAGCGGGAACUCUUUUAUCAAUUUUGAAUUUUCUUUUUAAAUCUGUGGCGCCGGAACAUCAAAAGCUCCCUCAUACAAAAAAUCUCCAAAAUCAAUCACCCACCGAAACAAAAAACAACUGUAAGAUGCAAUCCAAAAUAAAUUCAUUCUUCAAGCACUCUUCUUCUUCUUCUUCAAUCAAGUCCCAAAAGUCGUCUCCAGUUUUCAGCAACGAUGAGUUUGCCAUCUGGGAAAACAGUCAACACACCAUUGUUAACACCUAUACGCGUAGACCACCAAAAAUUCAUGGGAAUGACGCCAAAAAGGAAUCCAGCAACGAGAGACUCGAGAAACCCAUUUCAGAGAAUGAGUUUUCUAGUAAAGAUUGUGGUUCCAAUGGGAGAAAUCUUAAUAAGAAAAGAAGUUAUGCACAGUUUCAUUUGGAGUUAGGUCAAUCUGAUUUUCUUCUCCAUGCUUGUUCAACUUGCGGGGUUAAGUAUUCUCCCGGAGAUGAAGAGGAUGAAAAGAGCCAUUCAAUUUUGCACAAGAAUUUCACCCGUGGAAUUCAAUUCAAGGGAUGGCGAAAUGAGAGGGUUGUUUGUAUGCCUAAAGUUGAAGGAGGUCGUAUCGUUUUGGUUUUGGAUUCUGAUCCUGUAGCUCAGAGGAAGAAGGUGCAAGAGGUUGUGAAGAUGAUGGAAAUUGAGCUUGGUGGGGAAUGGAUUUUUCACAAGCUUUGUAAGGUAUACCUGUUUGUCUUCUCCCAACGAAUUGCUGGAUGUCUAGUUGCAGAACCAAUAAAGGAAGCAUCCAAAGUCCUCUCAUGCUCAGUUGGCGAAAGACAUGAUGGUGCCCCAGCAAAGCAAACAAUGUCAAAAUCAAGCAAACUUCAGUUUGGGGAAAUUGUUUUUCAGAGAGAAGUCGAUAAAAGAGGUCCUUCUGAGGCGUUGAUUGGAAACCACACUGGAGCAAUUUUCUGUGAAAAGGAAGCAGUACCUGCUGCUUGUGGCAUUAGAGCAAUCUGGGUCACACCCUCCAACAGGAGAAAAGGCAUUGCCACUCAAUUAUUGGAAGCAGUGAGGAAAAGUUUCUGUAUGGGCUAUGUUAUUGAAAAAUCUCAGUUGGCAUUUUCUCAACCAAGUUCAGAGGGACAGGCAUUGGCAUCCAACUAUAUAGGCACAGGAUCUUUCUUGGUUUAUAAAACUGGCAAUUUGUGCUCCUAGAUAAUUAUCCCUUCACCUCUGCAUUCAAUGCCCAAAUUCAUUGUUUUAUUUGUUGGAAAGAUGUGGCAUGUCUUUCAAUUCAAAAACAUUUCUACACAGUUUAUAACCUACCAUACCAAUAAUAUUCCAUCCUGAGUGUAUCAUUUUUUUUCCUUCA